GUGGCUUUGAUUGACAAAAACUAGCUCAGUAGUCUCUAUAAAUAAACCUCCCUCUCCAUCCACCUUCUUUCAUCUCAUUUCUUCUUCCAAGUUCCAUUUCUUCCACAAAUCUUACUGUUUCUUCUACUUCUCAAAAGCACUUUUUCAACUCCAAUCAUCUCAACCCUUCACUUCCGGCCAUUCCCAAACUAGCUUAUUUCCAAUACUUCAAGACACCACCACCACCACCCAUCCAUCCCUGCAAAUUCCCCACUUCCAGCAACCACCUAGGUUUCCUUUCAAUUUUCUCCUUUAUAUAUUCAUUUUCCAAACGCGCCCUUCUUCAAUUGCAGUCCCCGAAACACUCAAUCCCCAAUGGACUCCAAACAAUGCCGCCUGCAGAAACCCUAAUUUCCCCUCCCAACAACUCAUGACCAAUGACGGGGCAAGAGCCGCGCCCGACGACUUCGGCCGCGCCGCCGCCCGCCUCGCCGUGGCGCAGCUCUGCGACGCCGCCGGGUUCCAUGGCGCCACCGCCUCGGCUCUCGACGCCUUCGCCGACGUCGCCGUCCGCUACCUCCUCGACCUGGGCCGAACCGCCGAGUCCCACGCCAACCACGCCGGCCGCACUCAGUGCACCGUCUUCGACGCAAUUCGCGGCAUGGAAGACUUAGAAGCGCCGCGAGCCUUCGCCGGCGCCGGCGGCAUCAGAGAGAUCAUAAACUUCGUCGAAUCCGCUGCCGACGAAAUUCCGUUCGCCCAACCGAUUUCUAAUUUUCCGGUUGUUCAGGAACGACGCCGCAUCAUCCCGAGUUUUGAUCAGAUGGGUGAGGCUCCACCGGCGAAGCAUAUACCCGCGUGGCUACCGGCUUUGCCCGAUUCUCACACGUACAUUCACACACCCGUGUGGGAUGAAAGAGUCUCUGAUCCUCGUGAGGAUAAGAUUGAACAAGCGAGACAGCGUAGGAAGGCUGAGAGGUCUUUGUUGAGUUUGCAGAAACGAUUGUUGCUGCGUAAUGGGUCGGUGGAAUCAAAAGCAACAACAUCAGCUUCACCGAAUAGUGCUGCUUUGGAUCCUCAAGUGGUUGGUGAUGAUGAUGAUAAGGUUGUUGAAAAGGAUGUUGAGAAGGUUGUUAAGGUUUCGGUUUUGGAUGAUGAUGGUGGUGGUGCUGGUGGUGAUGGGAAGCGCGUUUCAGUGUUGGAGGCGUUUGGUCCUGCAAUUAAGAUGCUUGGGAGUGGAGGGUUGUGUGAUGAGGAUGAUGAUGGGUUGGGAGAGAAAGAAAAAAGUGAGCUUCCUGUUGUGAGGCCUACUGUGCAUUUUAAGUUUAAAACUGGGAAGAAGCUUAUUGGGGAGUCAUUGGAUAUGAGAAAUCGGAAGAAGGAUGCGUUGCGGACGGCAGCAUUGGCUGGGAGGGAAGAUGAGAGGGAUGAUAAGAAAAGGAGGGCUGAGUAUAUUCUCAAACAGUCCAUGGAGAAUCCUCAGGAACUCACCUUGUUGUAGAUUGAUUAGUUUGUUUAUUUAUUGCAAGGUUUUAAAAUACGGUCUGCAAUUGCAAUUUCAGCCACAAUGUUAAUGUCUUUGAGGUGUAUGCGCCUCAUUGGUUGCAUUUGUAUGCAAUUUCUUGCAAUAUCGAGAAAUGCGAUGAAACUGCAACCGCAAUUUAAAACCUUGAUUUAUUGACUUGGACGUGAUUGGUUUGCAUUGAGUUGAGGGGGGUGGUCGGAAAUUAAGGGCUUGCUCAUUUUCUGGUGAGGACUUCGUGACUUACAUGUAGAUCUUAACAUGUUUUUAGAGAAGAUGAAUUUGUUUCUUUUCUUGCUAGUGUAGCUCUAAUUUGUGUACGGAUUUUUUUCACAUAAAGCUUUCUGUUUGUGGCUCAUUGUAAUUUACACACCAAAUUCAAUUGAAUCAAUAUAGUGAAUUUUCUGUGCCGUGAUCUUCA